CUGGAUCUCAGGUUAACCUUGACACAGAGCGAAAGGGAGCAACAGGUAGAACAGCAGCACCCCUGCACCUGCCUCCGCAUGCACCUGAGAUGUGACAGCCGCUGCCCCCACCCUCUCCUGGCACAGCUCAGCCUGCCGGCCCCUCAGUUGGCAAUAGCGCCCCGGAGCUAUCCCGGCCCUCGGUCCCUUCUCUCCUGCCACUGAGUGCUCCCCGGGGAGCAGAACGCACCCAGCAAGGGACUGAAUCGAAGCAGACACAUUCCUCUGCCACCAGAAACCACCAUGGCAGAGACCAACAGCUGGUGGAAGCUCACCUUCCUGCGGAAGAAGAAAUCCACCCCCAAGGUCCUGUACGAGAGCCCAGACAUCUAUGCCAACGAGAACCACCAGGAGGCCACACGGACAGAGGCAGGGAGCAACGGUGGCGCCGAGAGUGAAUUCAACGCCCGGCUGGAGAAGAUCGUGGAUAAGAACACAAAAGGCAAACACGUCAAGGUCUCCAACUCCGGGCGCUUCAAGGAGAAGAAGAAAGUGCGAGCCACGCUGGCUGAAAACCCCAACCUCUUCGCCGAUGGCGAGCGGGAGGAGAAGUGAGGCAGGGGAAAGCAGGCAUUGGGGGGAAAGCGCUGCAGGGUGGGACCAACGCCCUGAGGCCCUCGCGCCUGGACCCGUCACAACUCAGAGCCAGCCUAGAUGUCAAUUCUGUUCUCUCCGCAAAUGAAGUAACGAGGGGGCAGGGGCCACCCCGCUGUAGAUUUCAAAGACUUUCGGUCCUGACGUGCACUCGCGAAGGAGAAAGGACUCGAUACUUUUUAUUUAAUACAAAUCAUCAUAUUUAAAAUAAAUGCCACUGGGGGAUUGUCACGAGCUGGAGGUGUCCAGGUCUUGCUCUAAAGCUUUGGAGGUGGGGAGGAGUCAAACCCAGAGUAGCUCAGAGGCCUCUUGCAAACACCCUCAGUGGUGCCCAAGGGCCCGCGGCUAGAGCCAGCGGUCGAUGCAGGGGGCCAUGGGAUGGGAGGAGCCGGUUCAUUCUCAUCCACCCUGUUCUACCACUGCACCUAGAAGAUGGCUGAGAAGGGCUAGGAACUUCAUCUAGCUCAGCCCUGGGGGAUUUCCCAGCAACUCGCCUCCGCUCUGUCCGCACCCACCAACACAGGAAAGGUAAACAGAAGAUUGGCUGGGAGACAGAGUUGCACCUUUUAAUACCACAGAGAUUCGUCCCUGGCCUGGGAAAGAGAAAAACUUGGCCACAGGUAGUCACCAGCUGAACUACACCACUCAAGGCAGAAUUAGGAAUCGAACCCGUGAUCUUCAUGUCCUGGAUAACAGCACUCAACCAGUUGAGCUAAAGGAGAACCACCCUUAGCUGUAGCAAUAGCCUCUCUUGGCCUCUGGCUACUAAAGAACAACAUUUGAGUAGAUCUGAUCUUCCAGCCAGCAGGGGGCACUGGGGUAAGAGAACGAAAGAUUCCACGGAUAGGAAAAACUGCUGCCAAUCGGGUGGGGGGUCUGGGGGCUUUGGAACGGGGUUACGGGCCUGAGAGCUUAUUUUCUUUGACCACUUUCUCUCACUGCUGGGCACUGGCUGAUGUAGAAACCAGCUGGAGCCUGCCAGAGUGACUCUCUAAGAGGAGAAGCCAGACAGUCUAGUGAUUAGCACGGGAGCACCGGGAAUGAGAAAACCUGGACUAUGCCUCGGUUUCCUGCUAUGAGCAGUAAGGGGCCAUCUUUUGAGUCAGCUUUCUGACCAUAAUCUCCCUUUUAAGUUUCCUUCUGCACGGGUGAAAAAUGCUGAAGGACACGCUAAUGUUCCCAGUAACUUCAAUUCAAGGUUAUUGGUUAACUGCAUUCAUCUGCCUCUGAGUGGCUA